AUGGAGAAAUGCGGAAUCUAUGGAAAAUCAAACGGAGAACCUUGGGCCGUAUCGGAAGAAAUGACGGCAACUCCCGAGGAGGUCCGACAUAUAAUUUCCAACUAUGAUGACAACGAAAAAUUCUUCACCGAGGGAUGUCGCUGUGAGGGAAAGAAAUAUAAUUUCCUUAGAAAAGUAGAGGAUGUCUUAGUUUUCAAGAAAAGUAAGGAGGACCAAAACGAGGCUUCCGGAACAGAAAAAGCAGACAUGCCGUUUCUGCUCGCGAUGAAUACCAUUCAAGCGUGUCUGAUAGGAAUUUCGAAAGGAGACGAGGAGAGCAAGUUUAAGGCGAUAAGAUUGAUGGAAACUAUCGCUGAGGAAUUGAAAAAGACAAACUAUUAA